AUAUUCAUAUCAGGGAAGUCCGACUAAAGUCAAUUCCUACCAUCUCUUCAGACCAUGAGAUUGAAUUGUCCGGCGUCCCGCAGCGACAGGGGUGUCCCGCUAUAUCCUUGCACAAAUCAGCCCCUUGCAGCAUGCUUGGCGCCAAACCCGCAACUCAUUGCAGUUGCAGCUCAAGCCUCGUCAGCGUCGUCACUGUCAGAGCGGCCGCCAUUUGUUUUCUACUUCACGGCUGCGCGCCUCUCCAAUCUUGAUUUGUUACCCCCCUUCGCCAAAUCUAAUGGCAUGCCAAUUCCUUUCUUGAACUCAUCACUCGGUGUACAACCAUUUAUUCCCUGUAUUUGAAAUCUGGUUAUCUUGCUGUGGCUGGCCCGCGACCUAAGACCCGGUGAAGCCAGGGUUGAGCAAACAUGGCGGCCGUAGAUCCGAGCACUCGGAAGAGAGUGCUGAAGGUCAUAUUUGUGUCUCUGUUACUUGAUCUGAUUUCAUUUACCUUCAUCCUCCCCUUGUUCCCAAAUCUCCUCGAGUUCUACCGAAACAGCGAAGUCAGCUCCGAGUCGCAAUCUACCAUCCUCGCGCGCAUCCUAGGCUACCUCAAUGCCUACAAGUCCGCCUUCGCGAAACCGAUCGACUCGCGGUACGACAUUGUGCUGUUGGGCGGCGCGCUAGGAAGUCUGUUCUCUCUGCUGCAGGCCGUCGCAUCCCCCAUCAUCGGCCACCUCUCCGACAGACAUGGCAGACGCACCGCUCUGCUAGCCAGCAUGGCCGGUAACAUCCUCUCGGUGCUCCUCUGGGUCAUAGCCGUGGACUUCAGGACCUUCCUCGCCUCGCGCAUCGUGGGCGGCUUGUCCGAAGGAAACGUCCAGCUUGCGACGGCAAUCGCGACCGAUAUUUCGGACGAGAAUAACCGCGGCUCGACCAUGGCUUUGAUCGGCGCAUGCUUCUCCAUUGCCUUCACGUUCGGCCCUGCCCUGGGCGCCUACCUCAGCUCCAUUGCCACUGUGGCCGCGAACCCCUUUGCGACCGCUGCGGGCGUCUCGCUUGCUUUGAUCGUGGCCGAGACGGUCUACCUCUACUUCAACCUCCCCGAGACGCUCCCGAGCAUGAACGAUGAGGCUAGCAAGACCGACAAGCCGAGUGCGAAACCUGCGGCUGUGAAGCGCACCAAUUCCCACUUUCUCCUCAACUUUGUCCAUCUGGCUUUCCUGCUCUUCUUUUCCGGUAUGGAGUUCUCCCUGCCAUUUAUGACCUACGACCUCUUCCAGUACACGUCGGCCAAUAACGGGCGUUUGUUGGGAUACAUCGGUCUUAUUGCCUCCAUUCUUCAGGGUGGAGUCACGCGCCGGCUGCCUCCGCUGCUCUCAGUGCGGAUUGGCGUGGUCGCCUGUCUGGUGGCCUUCAUGCUUCUGGGCAGAAUCACCACCGUUGGCUCGCUCUACAUCGCUGCUACAUGCUUGGCCACUACAUCAGCUACGGUGGUCAGUGGUCUGAACACGCUGAGCAGUUUCGAGGCGAACCAAGACGAGCGCGGUGGGAAGCUGGGUAUCCUGAGGAGUUGGGGGCAGUUAGGACGAGGUCUUGGGCCCCUCUUAUUCACCAGUGUUUAUUGGUGGGCAGGGAGAGAGGUCGCAUACGGGAUGGGAGCUACGGGUAUUGGGGCCAUGGCACUCUUGGUCUUCUUUGGCCUGAAGGCGCCGCCGGGCUCAGAAAGGAAGAAAAAGGUCGUGGUCGAGAAGAAGGAAUCGUAAAGUUGGAGGGAUUCGAAUCUUGUCUCGGGUUCU